CCAUCCAUAUCCUUCCUAGCUCAGGCCUCUCAUCAUCAACCAGCUUUGUCCAUAUAGCCAUUUCAAGGCUCAACAAAUUCUUACUUAUAUAAAUUUUUUUGUUUUGUUCGUUUGUCCUGUCUCAGUUAACCCGUUACUAUUCUUCUUCAUCAAAAUUCUCGUAUACUAAUUUAAUACAAGGAAUUAAACAAAUCCAUCAUAUCCAUGUUUGUUAAUUUACUCUUUUUCUUCCUAUCAGUAUCAUAUAUUCUUACCUGUUAUUUCAUAUCCUAAUUAAUUAAUUAAGUAGACACUCCUUUUUGUAUUCUUUGAUUGCUCGGUCAUAUUUUGUAUUGUAUUGUAUUAUAAAAUGGAGAAUAUGGGAGAUUGGGAACAAAAGAAUCUUGUAAACGAGCUAACAACAGGAAGAGAGCUAGCGAGGCAACUACAAGUUCAUCUGAACAUUCCAUCUUCAUCAAGAGAAGCACGUGAAAUGUUAGUCCAGAGGAUCUUAAAUUCCUAUGAGAAGGCACUUUCAAUCUUAAAUCUAAGCAACUCAUCAAUAAGAGAAACAACUCUAACCCCAGCAGUUGCCAUUGGAGGAUUGUCUGAAUCGCCAUUAAGUGGAAGUCCUCGUAGUGAAGACUCUGACCAGGACCCUAAAGAUGCCUCUAGGAAGAGGAAGAGCACGCUAAGAUGGACACAACAAGUGCGAGUUAAUCCGGGGAUGGGACUUGAAGGGCCACUUGAUGAUGGCUUUAGCUGGAGAAAGUACGGACAGAAAGACAUACUCGGAGCUAAGCAUCCAAGGGGCUAUUAUAGGUGCACUCAUCGAAUCGUUCAAGGCUGUUUAGCAACAAAGCAAGUGCAACGAUCCGAUGAAGACCCUACCAUUUUUGAGAUUACCUAUCGUGGAAGGCAUACUUGCACUCAAGCCUCACAUUUGCUUCCACCUAUACAGCCAUUACCGGAAAAUCAAGAACCAAACACCAGCAGGGAGCUUCAGAACCAAGAAAAUCAACAACAAUCGCAAGAUCUUCUCUUGAAUUUCCGAUCAGAGCUUAAAGUUAUAACAGACGGGUUAGACUCACAAGAACAAUCGAUUCCUCCUUUUCACUUUCCUUCUACGUUGAAUAAAAAUGUUACAGCAGAAAACCAAGUGUUUUCGCCUUCUGUGGUCGAUACUAGCUUUAUGGAAAGUUAUUCUCCACCAUUCAUAUCUCCUUCAACGUCUGGGACGAACUAUUUCUCUGCACGGUCAAGUGGAAUGCAUCAAAACUUUGGAGGGAGUAAUCAGAGUUUGCAGACAUGUGAGUCUGAGCUUACUGACAUAAUAUCUGUUGCUACUUCAGCUACUAACUCUCCAACUGCUGGUUUGGAUUUCCCAUUUGGAAAUGUAGAAUUUGAUCCAAAUUUCACAUUUGACAAUCGUGGUUUCCUUUAAUUACCGAGUUCUUUGCAUAGCCGGAAACUGCCAUGAUUGAAGUCGAAAGGUAGCAGAAGCAUCUCCACCGAAAUUCCUACUAAGUAGAUAGAUAGACAACUUUGCCAAGAGGAAAAACCGUGGUAAUAGCUUCCAAGAUUUCAAAAGCUUCCAUGUUAACAUCUUAAUUAUUAAUUAAUGGUCUUCGUAAUUGUAUUUGUUUUAAAUUUAAUCCCAAGUAGGCAUAAGGUCCUUUAUACGUAGAAAGUCUUAUUUGUAAACAAUAACAUUUGCAUUUCUGUGUUGUAGUGUUAUUCUUAUUUUUGUGGAGAAUAAGAGGUGUUAAAUUUAAAAUUAAAA